AUGUCUCCCGAGUCGAAGAUGCUCUUGGAUGAGAUGCAUCGUCUCUUCACCGAGCAAUCGACGAAGAUCGACACGCGCCUCACCGAGUCGGAUCACCGGAUCGACGAGCUCUUCGCUGAGUCCGAGCGGAAGCUCGACUCCCGCUUCACCGACGGUGACCGUCGCCUGGAGAAACGCUUCGUCGAGGUUGAGGACUCCAUCAACAAACGCUUCAUCGACAUCAACGAAUCCCUCACCAAGCGCAUCGCCGAUUCCGACCUCAACCUGGAGCGGCGCAUCAUCACCGACUCCGAGCUCCGUCAAUCGACGCUCAUCUCCGACUCCGAGCAGCGCCAGGACCUCCGCCUCAUCACCGUCGAGCACGCAGCGGGGGCGCUCGAGAGAUGGCGUCAGGAGUCCGAGGGCGCUGUCGAUGAUCUCAACGGGCAUCACGUCGAACUGACUACACGGGUGGAUGGAAUUGGGGAUACAACUUCCCAAUUCCAUUGCUCGGCCAACGGUAUGAGUACAAUCCCCAACACAGUUGUUCCUCCCACUCAGUCUGUUGUUCAUGAUGGUCAAUUGCUUGAGCAUGAGUCUGACACCACUCAUCCCAACACUGGCCGAUUACCUAAGUUCGAUUUUCCUGCAUUUGAGGGCGACAAUCCCAAGUUAUGGAUAGUUCAGGCUGAGGAUUAUUUUGACAUGUACCACAUUCCCAAACCUAUCUGGGUUCGAGUCUCGCGUAUGCGUUUCCGCGGGGGUGCGGGUCGGACGGAAGAGGUGACUGACUCCAUCUGCAAGCCGGAGGGUCCCAAGCCUAUAUUCAGAGGCAAUAUCCGGAAUGCUGCUCCACAGCAUCGGGUUCCAGCUGCUGAGAAGCCCGGUGAUGACAAGGUGGCGAUGCCCACGUCUGAAGAUAAGCUCUCCACACUGCGGUCCUACCGACGGGCUCGCGGUCUUUGUGAGCGUUGUGCAGAAAAAUGGGUACGUGGUCACAAGUGUGCUGCAACCGUUCAGUUACAUGCUAUUCAAGAGAUAUGGGAUAUGUUCAGUAUUGAUGAACCAGUUGAGAUGGCUGUCGACGCUACUGAGCAGUUACUUCUGGCUCUUUCUCAUGAUGCAAGAAUGGGUUCUCAGACUCACCGUACCAUCAGUUUCAAUGGCAGCAUACAAGGGAUGCACAUUGUUGUGUUGGUUGAUUCGGGGAGCUCCGUUUCCUUUCUGUCGGCAUCUGUCGCUGACGCUCUUCCUCAGCUGCCAAGGGUGCCUAUGUCAGCGUAUGUUAAAGUUGCUAAUGGACAGCUUUUGCGCUGCAAUUCAGCUAUUUUGGGAUGUGAGUUUUCUCUGGGUGAAUAUGCUUUUCAGCAUGCUGGGAAUGGAUUGGUUGGAACUUUACAGCCCGAUGCAGAUACAUUGGAAAGCAAAAUGGCUGUCUCUACCCUAUAA